UUUUGCAUCUCGUGGCGGUCGGAAGUGAAUGUUCUCUUUGCGUGCAGUCGGUAAACACAGGCCAGAUAAGAGGACUGUUUGGAUGAUAAACCACUAGAAAAUGUCUCGUUUGAGAGGAAGGGAGCCGAUUGACUCUCUGCGGGGCUUCAGGGCGCCAACAAGCGAGCCAACGGUCCCGUAUGGUCUCCUCAAAACGGCCCGCAAGAGCGGACAACUCAACCUGUCAGGUCGAGGGCUGACAGAAGUGCCAGCUAACGUGUUUCGUCUCAACGUGGACACUCCGGAGGAAGCCAAGCAGGACCUCUCCUUUGGAGCCUCGGAGCGCUGGUGGGAGCAGACAGACCUCACCAAGCUGCUGCUGUCCUCCAACCAGCUGACCUGCUUGUCUGAGGACAUCAGACUGCUGCCCGCGCUUUCCACUCUGGAUCUGCAUGACAACCAGCUGCAGACGUUACCAAACGUUCUGGGAGAGCUGCAGGAGCUGCAGCAGCUGCGGCUCAGUCACAACAAGCUGAUGUCACUGCCACUGGAGGUCUUCUCUCUGAAGAAGCUCAGAAGCCUCACGCUCCAGCAGAACCAGCUGGAGGUCUUGCCGGAGGAGCUGGGGCAGCUGGAGGCGCUGACUGAGCUGGACGUGUCCAAUAACCAGCUGAUGGAGCUCCCCUCCAGCCUGGGUCGCCUCAGCUGCCUGCAGAAGCUCCACCUGUGUCACAACAAGCUCACCUGUCUGCCCGACAGCCUGGCACAGCUCACCAAUGUGAAGCUUCUGGACUGCAGCAACAAUCUGCUGAGCGACAUUCCCGCCAGUCUAUCCAAGAUGCUGGCUCUGGAGCAGCUUUACCUCCGACACAACAAGCUCCGCUUCCUCCCACUGCUUCCCGCUCCCGCGCUCAAGGAGCUCUAUGUCGGCAACAACCAGAUCGACAGGCUGGAGGCGGAGCAUCUGGCCAGCUUGUGCGUCAUCUCUCUGCUGGAGCUGCGAGACAACAAGAUCAAGGUGCUGCCUGAGCAGGUGGCCGCAUUGAGCACGCUCACACGCCUCGACCUCACCAACAACGACAUCAGCAUCCUUCCAGCAUCACUCAGCCUGCUGCCCAACCUGAAGACUCUGCUCUUGGAGGGGAAUCCUCUGCGUGGGAUCAGGAGGGAGCUGCUGACUAAAGGAACCAAUGAGCUUCUGAAAUUUCUCAGAGGAAGAAUUAAAGAGGAGCCUGAUAUUGCUGCUGACAGGACGACGGCAAUGACACUGCCCAGCGAGGCCACCAUCAACGUACACAACAUCAAAACUCUCAAGUCGCUGGUGUACAGUGACAAGAAAGUCGACGGCAUUCCAGACGAGCUGUUUGAGGCCGCCGCGGGUCACGGCAUCACGUCCGUCAACUUCAGCAAGAACCAGCUGACCUCCAUACCGCCAAGGCUGGCUGAGAUGCAGACGUUGACGGAGCUCAAUCUAUCUUUCAAUCGACUCACCUGCUGCGAUUACGUCUGCAUGCUGCAGCAGCUCGUGCACCUUGACCUCAGUAACAACCAGCUGAGUGGUUUGCCAGCUGAACUGAAGAAUGUGACGAAGCUACACUCCGUCAUCCUCAGCUACAACAAGUUCAAGUCUUUCCCAGAGGUCCUGUAUGACAUGGUUUCACUAGAAACGGUCCUGCUUUCCAACAAUCAGGUGGGAGGUGUGGAUCCCACCCGCCUGGUCAAGCUGGUCCGCCUGUCGACACUGGACUUAUCCAACAACGACCUGCUCAAUGUGCCGCCUGAGCUGGGCCUGUGCACGGGGCUCAGGUGUCUCAGUUUGGAGGGAAAUCCUUUCAGGACCCCGCGAGCCGCCAUUGUGGCGAAAGGAACCGACGCCGUGCUGGAGUACCUGCGUAGUCGCAUUCCCACAUGAUGCCUGACCCCUCCUAUUCCGGGAGCCUAGAUGUGCAUGCCAGAUUGUUCUCACUUAAAUGUUGACAAUCAUUCUUGAGUCAUUAAAGAUACUUUUUUUUGUAUCGUGA